UGCGCUCACAUGCAUGAAAAUUAAAACUUUAAUGGUUUAUUUCAUCCACAAAAUGUGCAGAGUUUUUUGUAACGAUCGCUUGGGUAACAGAUUUUACAGCCUUCCAUGGCUCUCCACCACCCAAAAUAAACAGAAAUUAAACAUCAUUGACAAAAAGAGAAUCUCCUAAAGGGAUCAAAACUUUCCUGGUAAAUAACCUUUUCUUCUCCAUCCAAACACGUGUGAACCUUCCUAGCUAGCUAGCUUCUUGUACAAACAACUCCAACCCGUCUACAACUUUCCUCGAUCGGCCAGGGAAGAAAUCAUGUGGAAUGCAUGCAACAAUAAAAGCUCUCAUUGUAAGAAUCUAAACAAAGGCUAUAUACAAAGGUGAUCAAGCCAUGCAAAUAAAAUAGCUAGGGAGAGAAUUAUACGUACUGCGCUUGAUCUGGUGUAGUACCGGUACUGGGACAAGAUCAACGUACAACAUGGCGGCAACGAUGCCUAAGAAGAUUAGAAAGGCAAUUGGGGCAGUGAAAGACCAAACCAGCAUUAGCCUGGCCAAGGUUUCCAGCACCAACGCUACAAAACUCGAGGUCUUGAUCUUGAGGGCCACAACCCAUGACGAAAUCCCCAUUGACGAGCGCUACGUGAAUGACAUCCUCCAACUCGUUUCCUCCAACAAAGUCUACGCUGCGACUUGUGCCCAAGCCCUUUCCAAACGCAUUGGUAGGACUCGCAAUUGGAUCGUCGCUCUCAAGUCCCUCAUGCUCGUCCUUCGAACUUUCCAAGACGGUGAUCCGUAUUUCCCUAGGGAAGUCCUCCAUGCAAUGAAACGUGGUGCAAAAAUUCUUAACCUUUCUAGCUUCCGGGAUGACUCUAAUUCUAGCCCAUGGGAUUACACUGCCUUUGUCAGAACAUUUGCUCUGUACCUCGAUGAGCGCUUAGAUUGCUUCCUCACCGGGAAGCUUCAACGACGUUUUACGUACAGGUCAACGGAAAGCAGUACCCACCAGAGCAGCCGACUCACGGCCUCGCCGGUGAGCGACAUGAAACCGGCAAUGCUGCUUGAUAAAAUCCCAUACUGGCAGCGUUUGCUCGAUAGAGCCAUAGGCACAAGACCUACUGGUGCAGCCAAGAGCAAUCGCCUGGUUCUGAAUUCCCUCUACGCAAUUGUCCUAGAGAGUUAUGAUCUCUACCGUGACAUUUCUGAUGGGCUUGCGCUUCUUUUAGACAGCUUCUUUCAUCUGCAAUAUCAUUCCUGCGUCAAAUCCUUUCAAGCUUGUGUUAAAUCCACAAAACAACUGGAGGAGCUUUCUAGUUUCUAUGAUUUGUGCAAGGGAAUUGGGGUAGGGAGGACCUCCGAGUACCCAAGCGUGCAAAAGAUAUCUGACGAGCUUAUUGAAACAUUACAGGAAUUCUUGAAAGAUCAAGCAUCAUUCCCUAGUCCUAAUGGUCGAUCCCCAUUGCAGCUUUCUGCGCCAUCUACCAAGGACGACCCUGCUUCGAGUGGUGAUGAGAAAUUGGCUCGCAAUGAUCAAUCAGAAGAAUCAAUUAGGGUUUCAUCACGGAGAGCAAGGCGCCGGUCAGGAUUUAGUUCACGUUGCACAUCCUUGGAGGACCUUAUGAGUCUUACAGAGCCCGGGAAAAGCCUUUUUACGUCCGCUGAGCAAGAGUGUUACUCGGAGGAGCAAGAGCAACUAGAGAAACAGUCUCCUCGUCUAGAGGAUUUCUUUAGGUCUGGUGAUCGAGAUUACGGCUCAAACUAUUCGUUAUCCCUUGAACAAGGAUCGUAUUCAUGUUUUGACCUCGUGUCUUUGGAUAAUGACUGGCUAAAACAUGAAGAGAGGCUAGAACAACAACAACAACUAGGACAUGAAACCUCAGAGGCAUCAGAUUUAGAACGGGACCGGCCGAGUAAAGGUUGGGAGCUCGUUUUGUUUGAGUCAGCAACCCAACACGAGCAACCUUCUACAAACUUAGCCAAUGGCUUUGAACCCUCUGUUGUGAAGGACGUGUUCAGUCAAGCUUCACAUCCUCAACACCAAUACAAUCCAUUUCUACAAGACGAAGUAGAAGUUCCUGCAAUUUUAGCCACUGCCCCUGCAUCGGCUACCAAUGAACCGGCAGUUUUUUUGGCGGACAAUACGUUCUCUGUUACUCCCACGUUUCAUGCAGCAGGACCAACUUUUUGCGUACAAAUAGAAACAGAGACAGCACCAACAUUUUGUGCUACGGAUUUUGAGGAGACGACGACGGUGGCUCCGACAUUUCGUGUACUGAAUUCUACUGAGACGUCGACGGAGGCACCGACUGUUAGCGCAAAUAAUUACGUCCAGAUGUUAGCAGCAGAUCCAAACAAAAGUGACCCUUUUGAGUCGUACUGCCCUGUUGCGAUGGGCGCCAGUCAGCAUAUACCUAAUGGUUUAAUGAAUGAAGAAAGUCUGCUGCACGAGCAACGGAUGUGGCUGGAGCACCAAAACAAGAUCAUUGCGAAGCGCAUGAGUUGAUUUUGUG